AUCUGUUGAUCUGACCUGACUUGAAGCGUCCAAAGGAGGACCGCUGUCAGCGCUGCUGGACUGAGGACCCACCAGCUGCCCCCCAGACAUCGCAUAGCAACCUGACCAUUCAUGCAAGGGGGGAGACGAAACACGUGGGACUAGACACCUGAGCAGAAUGGAAUAAUUGUUUUGCCCCCUAGGAGAAAAAGGGAGCAAAGGGGGCCAAACAAUUCAAUUUGAAGUCCCUGUGAAUGGGCUUUCAGAAGGCAAUACAGAAAUCCACUCAGAGAGGUCCCGUGGCUUUCUGAUGAUAAGUGGAAGUCAGUCUUACACACGCUGUUGGCAAAUGUCAGAUGGGGAAAAAAGGAGCAGGUUAAGUGACCAGCAAAAAACUUCCAGGUGGAACUAGGAAGCCAGGUUCUCCUGCAAGCCCGAAGGAACCUGGAACAGGAGGAGGAAGUGAACUUGAAUAUGACCUGUUGCAUUUGGCGAGUUCCAGCAACAUGCUCCUAAGGAAGCGAUGCAGGCAUGGACCGUGCGGACUACAAUUCCUGCUGCUCCUGCUGAUGCUGGGAUGCGUGCUGCUGAUGGCGGCCAUGCUGCACCCUCCCCCACAGGCCCCGCACUCCGCGGUCACAGUCCUGGCCCCCCGACACGGCCCAGGUGCUGGGUACCGCCUGGACUUCGGGGAAUCCCAGGAAUGGGUGCUGGAGGCUGAGGAUGAGGGCCAAGAGUACAGCCCCCUGGAGGGCCUGCCCCCCUUUAUUUCCCUACGGGAGGAUCAGCUCCUGGUGGCUGUGGCCUCACCCAGGGCCAGAAGGAACAAGACCCAGGGCAGGAGAGGUGGCAGCUACCGGCUCAUCAGACAGCCCAGCAGAAGGCAGGAUGAGGAGGCCCCUGAGAGGGACUGGGGGGCCGAGGAGGAAGAUGGGGAGGAAUCUGAAGAUGAGCUGACCCCACUCAGCCUGGAGGAGGCGCUCAGUGCCCGCAUCCCCCUGCAGAGGGCGCUGCCCGAGGUACGGCAUCCACUGUGUCUGCAGCAGCACCCUGAGGACAGCCUGCCCACAGCCAGCGUCAUCCUCUGUUUCCAUGACGAGGCCUGGUCCACCCUCCUGAGGACUGUGCACAGUAUCCUCGACACGGCGCCCAGGGCCUUCCUGAAAGAGAUCAUCCUGGUGGACGACCUCAGCCAGCAAGGACAACUCAAGUCUUCUCUCAGCGAAUACGUGGCCAAGCUGGAGGGGGUGAAGUUACUCAGGAGCAACAAGAGGCUGGGUGCCAUCAGGGCUCGGAUGCUGGGGGCCACCAGGGCCACCGGGGAUGUGUUGGUCUUCAUGGAUUCCCACUGUGAGUGCCACCCGGGCUGGCUGGAGCCCCUCCUCAGCAGAAUAGCUGGUGACAGGAGCCGGGUGGUGUCUCCGGUCAUAGAUGUGAUUGACUGGAAGACUUUGCAGUACUACCCCUCCAAGGACCUGCAGCGUGGGGUGUUGGACUGGAAGCUGGAUUUCCACUGGGAGCCUUUGCCGGAGCGAGAGAGGAAGGCCCUCCAGUCCCCCGUCAGCCCCAUCAGGAGCCCUGUGGUGCCCAGCGGUGUUGUGGCCAUGGACAGACACUACUUCCAAAACACUGGAGCAUAUGACCCUCUCAUGUCACUGCGGGGUGGCGAAAACCUCGAACUGUCUCUCAAGGCCUGGCUCUGCGGUGGCUCUGUUGAAAUCCUUCCCUGCUCUCGGGUGGGGCACAUCUACCAAAAUCAGGAAGCCCAGUCCCCCCUUGAUCAGGAGGCUGCUCUGCGGAACAAGGUUCGCAUUGCCGAGACCUGGCUGGGCUCCUUCAAAGAAACCUUCUACAGGCACAGCCCAGAGGCCUUGUCCUUGAGCAAGGCUGAGAAGCCGGACUGCACAGAACGCCUGCAGCUGCAGAGGAGGCUGGGAUGCCGGAUGUUCCACUGGUUCCUGGCCAACGUCUACCCUGCGCUGUACCCAUCUGAGUGCAGGCCCAGGUUCUCUGGAAAGCUCCACAACACCGGACUUGGCUUCUGCGUCGACUGCCAGGCAGAAGGGGACCUCCUGGGCUGUGCCAUGAUGCUAGCUCCCUGCAGUGACAGCCGGCAGCAACAGCACCUGAAGCACUCCGGCAGGAAGGAGAUCCGCUUUGGCAGCCCACAGCACCUGUGUCUUGACGUCAGGCAAGAGCAGGUGACUCUUCAGAACUGCACUGAGGAAGGGCCUGCUAUCCAUCAACAGCACUGGGACUUCCAAGAGAAUGGAAUGAUUGUCCACGUUCUUUCUGGGAAGUGCAUGGAAGCUGUGGUGCAGGCAAACAGUAAAGAGUUGUACUUGCGCCAGUGUGAUGGAAAAGCCAGCCAACUGUGGCGAUUUGACAAUGUCUACCCUGUGGAUGAACGAUGAAUGCCUGAGUCAUAGUUCACCCCCAAGGGAACUAAAAGAACAUGUAUAUUUCAUGAAGCUGACCCUUUUGUGUCUCUGCUCCUGGUGAUAGUAGAGAAGAAAGCUCCAUGAAUGAGUAUAGAAACUCUUUCCUUCUCGCCCCUUAGGGCAUUGACUGUUAGCUGUUUAAGAAAAAGAAAAAAAAAAUGGAUUCAUUGUCUCAUUGUCUUCAUCACUAGAUGGACCAAAAGAUUUUUGUUUUGUUUUGUUUUUCCACUGAGCACUUGAGGAUUGCUUUUAUCUCUAACAAAGGAAAGAGGAAUGGACCACCUUGGGCAACACCUCCAGGAUACAUACAUCCAACUGAUAAAUUUUUUGCAAAUGGUCUUACCUUGGACUGUCUGUGUAGCCAACCAUGAAAAUUAGAGUGUAAAAAGGGUGUAAAGGUCUGACAUCCCCAAAACUUUGGCUUAAGCUCAUUCGGACAAAUUCCAUGUUCACUUUUGAGCCAUAGCUCAGAAGAAGGAAGGGAAGCCACUGAGCAAAGAAUAGAGUUGAAGAGAAGAUGGAAGAGCUUUGACCCAAUUCUCCAGCUUAGGCUGGCAGCUGGAAAGAGUCAGCACACCGGGAACAGGAUGUUUUCAUGUAAAUGAGAAUUUCCUCCUUCUUUUCUACCUCCAUUUACCCUGCCCUAGGCCUUCUCUAGCUUGGUUAACCCCAACCAUAAUCUCAUGUAACGUAUUUCUCAUUAGUCAUUAGCGUCGAGUCAGCUCAGACUAAGCAUUCCCAACAAGGUGUAUACAGUGGAGAAGCUUUCCUGAUGCCCUGUUACAGGGUUUCCAUUGACUGGAUCAGAAAUAGCAACCUCUGCAAAGAGGCAAACCUCCCCAGUAGGGGAAUGCCAGCACUUGAGCCAAAAUUCACAUGAGAAGAAGGAACCAGAGUUGGGUGUUAAUGUUCAUUAGGGCUGACAUGGCCAUCUCUGAGCCGUGGACCCCCAAAUGUGCCUGCAGGUUGGAUGUUCACAACUGUGGGAAGAAUGAGCCUCCACUAGAGCAGAGCCAGUGCUAGCAAGAGCUGAAAGGCUCUCUUUGCAGUGACCUGGCCUAUCUAGUUUGGCCAUAAGGAGCUGUGGAGUGGGGUUGGUUCUGCUGUUAAGACACCAUUUAUGCUUAUUUCUCCUCCAGAUGGAGUUUACUCUUCCCAUGGUCAGCUUAGAAACCUCCCUUCCAAAAUACUGAUCUCCUCUGGGCUGUUUCAGAACUCAGUGUGUUUCAAAUAAGAAAAACUAAAUAGGAAGUAAGGGUUUCUAAACAAGGUCUAUCGUAAUUAACAUAUUCUUUUUCCACCAGCUUAAGUCAACAGCCUGCUGCACUUCCCCUUCCUUAGAAUACACUCCAGGGGCGCCUGGGUGGCUCAGUCGGUUAAGCAGCCGACUUCAGCUCAGGUCAUGAUCUCACAGUCCGCGUGU